UUCCAUAUAAUCAGAUUUGUAAAGGAUUUAGUACAUAAAGUACAGCAGCUUUCAGAUUUAACAGCUUAACAUCCACCCCGUAUGACAUGCUUUUACCAGAUAAAGCAAAAUCAAUGUAUGACACUACUUUCCAGGUUACUCCUCUGCAUUCUCACAACUUUCACUGUUCAGACACCCUCCCACUACUCACAUGGAUGCAAAUCCUAGCUCGCCAUAAUAGCAGCAGCCCUGCAGCUGCAGUCUGGGCACUGCCGUUUGUGUACGCUUGCAGAACAGGCCUGAGUCUUAGGAUAUAGGGUAUAAAUGUACAUAAAGAGCUGUAUUAAACUAGAAACAACACGACAAACCCACAAAUAUUAACACGCUAACAUGAGUAACCUGCUUAAGCUCUAAGCACAAAAUAAAAAAAAAAAAAAAAUGCGUAACCCCCCAGGUUCAGGGGCCUCCCGGCACCCCUCAAAGGCCAGCACGCACCCCAACCGCCGUAACAGCCCACUUUCACAGAGCGCUCGUCUGCCAGCCCGGCCCAGCCCGCCCCGGCCCAGCGGGAAACACCCGCCCCGCGCGCCUCUCCCCAGUCCCGCGCGAAGUGGCCCCUUUAAACGGCGCGCACGCUGCGGCGCUGCGAUUGGCCCGGGUGGCUCAACAACAACAGCGCGCGCCAAACUGAAGAGGGCGAUUGGCCACGCCUUCUCCUCCUCGUCCCACCCACUCUCUCCCGGCGGACCAAUCAGCGAGGGAGCGAAGCGCGGCUCGGAGGGACAGACCCGCAGCCCGCGAGCCCACUCAGUUUCGAAUUCUGCCGGUGGGUCGGGCGCCGGCCCAAUGGCGCUACAGAGGAGAAGCCGCGUUCUGCCCGGGCUCCGCCCUCGAGGGGCGGGUCUUCCAGCUUCUCGCUCUGCGAUUGGCUAAUGGAAGCUGCCGCUCCGUGACGCCAGCUGGGCUCGGUGAUUGGCUACGCCCAGGCGCGAAAUGUAACGCGGGAAAAUCUUGGGCUCAGUACGGGUGUAGAGGGGUCGCGGUGUUGGAGACAGCGGCACCUAUUUGCGCGUCGCUGAGACUGAGCUGCGAGCGGGGCCGGCGCCGCUUCGGAAAGGUGCGGGGGUGCUGUGGCUCCCGCAAUGGCUGGGGGCCGCCGCUGACUGCGCGGGUCCGCUUGGGGGGUGGGAGGGCCGCGGAAAGGGAGAAGGCGCAGAGAGUCGGCGAUGAGCGGCUGAGGCGCUGCCGGGUGGUGCCAAGCAGAGCGCUUCGUGUCUCUCCAUCCGUCCCUGCGGCGCGGGCGAGCAGAGCUCCCCGCCCCCUCGGUCCCUUUCCUGCAGCAGCCAGUGCGGCCAUGUCGGAGCGGCCGCUGGGCCCGCCAGUGGUCAUCUGCCAGGACUCGCCCAAACGUGUCCUGGUGUCGGUGAUCAAGACCACCCCAAUCAAGCCGUCCCCCCGGCGGGGCGGCGAGGAGCCAGCGUCCGCCCCGCCCGUUCCCACUAGCCCCGGCUUCAGCGACUUCAUGGUAUACCCGUGGCGCUGGGGCGAGAACGCGCACAACGUCACCCUCAGUCCCGGCGGGCCCGCCCCCGCCCCCGUCCCCUCGUCCGUCCAGCAGCCCCACGGGGCGUUGGUAGGGGAUCCCACCCGGGACGACGAGGAGUCCGGCAGCCCGAACGGCGGUGGACGGCGACGGCACCUGAAGGAUGGCUUACGGCGCGGCCGACCAAGGGCAGACACAGUCCGUGAACUGAUAAAUGAAGGAGAGCACUCCUCUAGCAGGAUCCGUUGUAACAUCUGUAACAGGGUGUUUCCAAGAGAGAAGUCGCUGCAGGCACACAAACGCACUCACACUGGUGAAAGACCGUAUUUGUGUGACUACCCAGAUUGCGGGAAAGCUUUUGUUCAGAGUGGGCAGCUCAAAACUCACCAGCGUCUCCACACAGGGGAGAAACCUUUUGUCUGCUCAGAGAAUGGCUGUUUGAGCAGAUUCACACAUGCAAACCGCCACUGCCCCAAACAUCCAUAUGCCCGACUGAAGAGGGAAGAGCUCACUGACAGACUGAAUAAAAAACAAACGGCUGAUAAUAAAGCUGUGGCUGAGUGGCUAGCAAAGUACUGGGAGACUAGAGAACAGCGUGCUCCUGCUUUGAAAAGUAAAACAAUCCAGAAGACUGAUCAGGAACAGCAGGACCCAAUGGAAUAUCUUCAGUCUGAUGAAGAGGACGAUGAAGAGAAAAACAGUGCUCACUCAGCUGCUUGCCGCAGCCGCCUCCAGGAACAGCGAGAACGAAUGCAUGGCGCUUUGGCUCUAAUUGAGCUUGCAAACCUAGCUGUGGCACCGCUGCGACAGUAGAUACAAAUGGAAUUUGCCUAUACAAAUUGUACUUCCUGGUGGCACUUAACCAGUUAGAUCCUGGGCAUAAGCUAAGCACCUUAUUUGCUUUUUAUAGGCUGCUAUUCUGUAGAAUUUAUGAAGAAUGUUGUUGCUCCAUAAUCAUGGGGUAAGAGAAUUGCACUUUUUGUAAGGUUAAAGGUAGUUGUAAAGUUUCUAAGUAUUUUUGUAAAUAGGGGAUUGCAUAAUGCAGGGUUAACAAAGUUCUUGUGGGAAGCUAGAUUUUGCAAGGUUAACUCAUUUGAAGCAGUUUUCACAGGAAGCACUUUCUGAACAGUGUUUAUGAUUAGCAGGAUGGUAUGGUACAUGUGGCCAAAGAAGGCUGACAAAAAAAAAAAAAGUAUUUAUCUGAACUAUUUAAACAGAUUUAUGUUAAGUGAUAGGUCUGAAGAUACUGUAAGCACCGAUGAAAAAUAUUUUUCUAAUGUCAGUGCAUUUUUUUUUUUUUUACCUUGUGUCACUGAGUUAGAAGGCAAACCUUAGUUAUUGUGACUUGUAGAGGGGAAGAAACUGCUUCAUGCAGAUGAUCUGUAGAUUAGUUCACAAUCUUCACUGUGACUGCUCAAGGUAUGAGGCUUGACUUUGUUAUUUUACAUUUUCUGAUUUGAUCUCAGCAGAAUCUCUUGGUAGCACUUGUUAUUCCUUACCCAUGAUGUUAGGAACUUUUGCACAUUGUUAGUUUUAUCUGAAAAUGAUUAGUCUUGCAAAGUCUAGACAAAGGUAAACAAUUGGUGAUAUUUUUUUCAGAUGUUUUUGGACCCUGUAAUGAUUUGGCACUUGUUUUCGUUAAUAAGGGUAUUUACAGGGUGUUGCGGAUUUGUAGUAAACUAUUCUAGAUCUCAUAUUAGCAAACACUAAGUUUUAAAGUCUUGCUUUUACAUGUUUAUUAGCACAUAGAAGCCCCUGUACUUUUGUGCAUAAAGCCACCUUAUUGCUUUACUUAAGGAUAACAUGCUGGUUUUGUGUUCACUAACUUUAACACAGCUAUCAGUUAAACACUGCAGAAAAAUAUUCACUGUACAACUAGAAAAUAGGCUUCCAAAGAUAGUUACAAGUGUGUUAACAGUGUGAUUUCAUAUAUUUCCCAAAUAAAUGAAGUUACAGAACACUGCUUAGUAAACUCAAAUGCUGAUAUAAAAUGUUUAGUGAGAUACUUUGUUACUUGUUGAAUGUUGCAUACUUCUGAAUACCAUUGUGUCAUGGUAAUCUUUUUUCUGUAUUUUGCUUGAAAGACAACCAGAGAUUCAUGAUAUGCUAACAGUAUGUUGUUUUGAAAGUGAACUUGAUUUUUCUUUUUUGCAGUUGAGCUACUGCUUUAGGGGAUAUUAAACAUUUACUGUCCUGUUUGCUCUUAACACUUCCUUCCCACUGAAGAUCAGAAAAUUCAGAUGAGAAGGGAAGCCACUUUCCCCCUUGUUUAAAUGAGUGGAAAAUGUUGCCAAUCACUAGAUACAGACUGACUAGAUGCCUCCAGGUUUUCCAGAAUGGUAAUCUCUUUUUACAUCAGAAAACUGCGACUGUUGAAUUAUGGUCUUUGUUAAUCUCUUGUAGAAAAUUGUAUUAACCCAGUUUGUUUAUCAUUAUGUGUUGAUGCACUUGACUAGAGAGUCAUUGGAUAUAUUAAAGAAAAAAGCAUAUGGAAUAUAA